GUGCGGGUGUGGGAGGAGAAGUCAAGUAAGAGCCGCGGGGACUCUGACAUGGCUGGACUACUAGGCACAUGUGUUUCCCCUUCUCUCACUUCUACUUGCCAACUCCUCUCUCCAUUACUAUCAAGACACAUCACCGGGCUGGUGUGUGUGACAGGACGGGACGGGACGGGUGUGAUGUAUUGCGAUGCGGCUCCUUCUCAUCCACGGUGUGUUUUUCCUCCAGUGUUUGCGGUUCUCCCAGCAGCAGUUUCCCAGGCUCUGCGCCACAACGGAGGCCCUGCUCUCUAAAGAGUGCUGCCCGGUCUGGGAAGGGGAUGGUUCGGCCUGCGGGGCCAGCUCUGGCAGGGGGUUCUGCCGGGACGUGGAGGUAUCGGAUCUUCCCAACGGGCUGAAUUACCCCUUCUCCGGAUUGGACGACAGAGAGAGGUGGCCUCUGGUAUUUUAUAACCGGACCUGCCAGUGCGCCUCCAACUACAUGGGGUUCAACUGCGGAGAGUGCCAGUUCGGACUGUUUGGGGCUAUCUGCGAGGAGAGGAGAGAGUCCGUGCGGCGGAACGUGUUUCACCUGUCGGCAGCGGAACGGCGGAAACUCAUCUCUUACCUCAACCUGGCCAAGCACACCGUUAGCCAAGAUUAUGUCAUAGCCACCGGGACCUACCGGGAGAUGAAUAACGGGAGCACCCCGCUGUUCUCUGACGUCUCGACCUAUGACGUGUUUGUGUGGAUGCACUACUAUGUCUCCAGGAAUGCUCUUCUCGGUGGACCGGGGAAUGUCUGGACCGAUGUGGACUUCGCCCACUGGGCUCCCGCCUUUCUGCCGUGGCACCGUGUGUACCUGCUGCACUGGGAGCGCGAGAUCCGAAAACUGACCGGGGACUUUGAGUUCUCCAUCCCGUACUGGGACUGGCGGGACGCGCAGGGCUGUGACAUCUGCACCGAAGACCUGAUGGGCGCCCAGAGCCUGCGAGAUCCCAACCUCAUCAGCCCUGCUUCAGUGUUCUCUUCUUGGAGGGUGAUGUGUUCACGGGCGGAAGACUACAGUGUGAGGGGGGUUCUGUGUGACGGUAACGACGAGGGGCCGUUGCUGCGUAACCCUGGCAACCACGACCAUAACCUGGUUGCGCGGUUGCCGACGGCAGCAGAGGUGGAGUUCACGGUCAGUCUCCGUGACUACGACACAGGAGCCAUGGACCGCUCCGCUAACUUCAGCUUCAGAAACACACUAGAAGGUUUUGGGAACCCUCAGACAGGCCUGGGUAACAGUAGGGUGAUGGGGAUGCACGCCUCUCUUCAUAUCUUCAUGAACGGCUCAAUGUCUUCAGUCCAGGGGUCAGCUAACGACCCUAUUUUCCUACUGCACCACGCCUACGUAGACAGUAUCUAUGAGCAGUGGUUGCGGAGACAUGCUCCAGAGCAGACCCACUACCCAGAGUUCAAUGCUCCCAUUGGCCACAAUAGGCAGUACCACAUGGUGCCCUUCAUACCUCUACACAGAAACAUAGAAUACUUUACCUCCAGCAAAGAACUGGGGUACCAAUACUCCUACAUGCUCAACUCAGAUCAGAGGAUAUCGGAGGUUCUCAGUCCUUACCUGGAGCUAAUGAUGGAGGCGUGGCCCUGGUUGCUAGGGGCGUUGGUCCUGGGGGCGCUGGUUACCAUGACUGUGGCUGCAGUAGCUGCGACUAUGACCCGGAUGUGUUGGGGUGCGUGGCCAUGGCAACUCGGGGAGAAGAGUUCAGCGUUCCACCUACCAGAGAGGGAACCGCUCAUCAUCAGCAGUGAUAGUGAUACCCCCAACUACCACACUGUUUAGUCCCAACUACCACACUGUUUAGUCCCAACUACCACACUGUUUAGUCCCAACUACCACACUGUUUAGUCCCAACUACCACACUGUUUAGUCUCAACUACCACAUUGUUUAGUCCCAACUACCCCAACUACCACACUGUUUAGUCCCAACUACCACACUGUUUAGUCCCAACUACCACACUGUUUAGUCUCAACUACCACAUUGUUUAGUCCCAACUACCCCAACUACCACACUGUUUAGUCUCAACUACCACACUGUUUAGUCCCAACUACCACACUGUUUAGUCUCAACUACCACACUGUUUAGUCUCAACUACCACAUUGUUUAGUCCCAACUACCCCAACUACCACACUGUUUAGUCACAACUACCCCUACUACCACACUGUUUAGCCCCAACUACCCCUACUACCACACUGUUUAGCCCCAACUACCCCUACUACCACACUGUUUAGCCCCAACUACCCCUACUACCACACUGUCUAGUCCCAACUACCCCAACUACCACACUGUUCAGUCCGAACUACCCCAAAUACCACACUGUUUAGUCCCUACUACCACACUGUUUAGCCCCAACUACCCCUACUACCACACUGUUUAGUCCGAACUACCCCAACUACCACACUGUUUAGUCCCAACUACCCCAACUACCACACUGUUUAGUCCCAACUACCCCAACUACCACACUGUUUAGUCCCAACUACCCCAACUACCACACUGUUUAGUCCCAACUACCCCUACUACCACUCUGUUUAGCCCCAACUACCCCUACUACCACACUGUUUAGUCCGAACUACCCCAAAUACCACACUGUUUAGUCCCUACUACCACACUGUUUAGCCCCAACUACCCCUACUACCACACUGUUUAGUCCCAACUACCCCUACUAUCACACUGUUUAGCCCCAACUACCCCUACUACCACACUGUUUAUCCCCAACUACCCCUACUACCACACUGUUUAGCCCCAACUACCCCUACUACCACACUGUUUAGUCCCAACUACCCCAACUACCACACUGUUUAGUCCGAACUACCCCAACUACCACACUGUUUAGUCCCAACUACCCCUACUACCACACUGUUUAGCCCCAACUACCCCUACUACCACACUGUUUAGUCCCAACUACCCCAACUACCACACUGUUUAGUCCGAACUACCCCAAAUACCACACUGUUUAGUCCCUACUACCACACUGUUUAGCCCCAACUACCACACUGUUUAGUCCGAACUACCCCAACUACCACACUGUUUAGUCCCAACUACCACACUGUUUAGUCCCAACUACCCCAACUACCACACUGUUUAGUCCCAACUACCCCAACUACCACACUGUUUAGUCCCAACUACCCCUACUACCAUACUGUUUAUACCCAACUACCACACUGUUUAGUCCCAACUACCCCAACUACCACACUGUUUAGCCCCAACUACCACACUGUUUAGCCCCAACUACCACACUGUUUAGCCCCAACUACCACACUGUUUAGCCCCAACUACCCCAACUACCACACUGUUUAGCCCCAACUACCACACUGUUUAGCCCCAACUACCACACUGUUUAGCCCCAUUUACCCCAACGAGCACACUGUUUAGCCCCAACUACCACACUGUUUAGCCCCAACUACCACUAUUUAGCCCCAACUACCACACUGUUUAGCCCCAUUUACCCCAACGAGCACACUGUUUAGCCCCAACGAGCACACUGUUUAGCCCCAACUACCACACUGUUUAGCCCCAACUACCACACUGUUUAGCCCCAACUACCACACUGUUUAGCCUCAACUACCACACUGUUUAGCCCCAUUUACCACAACUACCACACUGUUUAGCCCCAACUACCACAACUACCACACUGUUUAGCCCCAACUACCACACUGUUUAGACCCAUUUACCCCAACGAGCACACUGUUUAGCCCCAACUACCACACUGGAUGGAAUGGCAUCAAACAUUAGGAGACCAUGUGUUUGUAUUUGAUACCAUUCCACUACAGCCAUUACCACAAGCCCAUUCACCCCAAUUAAGGUGCCACCAACCUCCUGUGGUAAACAUAUACAAUAAAAAGACACCCUUUUACAGUAGAUGUGCUUGAUUUACAUCGGAUUGUGUAUUCUUGGGUCAUUCUGUUGGCUCCAAAGCGGGAUCUCUGUCUACCGGCACACCGCCCGAGCUCAACCAAGCGCACCAAUUGAUUGACAAGCACACGAAUCAGGAGGAGCAUGGGUGUGUCACUUGAAUCACCAGCAACGAGAUGUGUUCUGGCACAUGUGGAAUGUUAGGUUUAGAUUCCUCCCCCGUUAGUCUAAAAAGCGUGCAAGAGUUCAUGGAGUCUCUCUCUCUCAAAAGGUCAUAACUAUGUUAAAUGAUUAUGAUAUUAAUAAAGAAAAAAAGAGCUAAAAAAUAACUGUGUUGUGG